AUGAAUGAAGAGAAAAAAAUGUCAUAUUUUAAUCUUCCUGGUCUACCGGAUGAAAUUCUUAAUAUUAUUUUUCAAAGAUGUACUUUUAUGGACAUAUCAUCUAUAAUGAAAACAUGUAAAAGAUUCAAAAAUAUAAUUGAUAAAAAUAGAUAUACACUACCAAAAGCAUCUCUUAAACAUUUUCAAAUUGAACAUAGAAUUAUUUUUAAUAAUAAUAUUAUAAAAGAUGAAUAUAUGGUUGUUGUAAGAUAUGUUGCUGUUGGAGUUAAUAAAAAUAAAUAUUUUUCAAAAACAUUUAAUAAAAUUAAUUGUAAAGAAUCAGAAAUUGCUCUUUUUAUUAAUUCAUGUUCUUGGGAAGAUGUUGAAAAUGUUCACAUAAUUUUAAUGAAAAAAUCAAAUAUAUUAAAUUUAAUAACUUCAAGACUUAUUAACUUUCAAAAACAUAAAAUAAAAACAUUAUAUCUUCAUAUUGAAGGUAUUGAAAUGCGUAAUAGCUUAAAUAAUUUUCUUCUUUCUUUACGUAAUGUAAGAGAUAUUUUUAUUAAUAAAUUAUGUCUACGCAAUGAAAAUGGUGGCUUUCAAGGAAAAAUUAAUAUAUCAAAUUUAAGAAGAAUUGAAAUUUUGGAAUGUUGUUGUACUAAAUAUUGUAAUGAAAAUCUUGCAUUACCAUUAUACCAUCAAAAUAAAGGUGGUUUUAAUAUGUUUUUAAAUGUUAAUGAAUCAGACUUUAAAAUUAAACUUAUUGAUGCUGCUGUUAAUGAGUAUAUAAAUACAAAUGAAAAUGAUUACAAGAAAGAUGUUAUUGCUAUUACUGAUUUAAAUCCACUAAUCUUUCAUCAAAUUGAUAGAAUUAUGUCAGAAAAUGGUCUCAAAUAUGAACCUAAUUUUGAAGAACAAGCUACAAAUUGUACCUUUGUACAUCUUUUUAUUGCAAAAAAUGACAGUGAAUUUUUUAAUGUUAUUGAAGAUUCCAAAAAACCUUAUUUAAUCGUAUCAAUUGUUGCAAUUUAUAGAAAAAGUAAAAAUUAUUGUAGCAUUUGGAAUAGAUUAAUUUAA